CUUCAGGAAAAGCGUGUGAAUAGGAGCCACCUUCAUGAGUUACUAGAACAAGCCACAGUCAUGGGUCUCGUGUCCUGGACGGCUGCACCAGCUCUCUCUGGAGUGUCAUGACCUUAUUUGGUUUGAUUUCAAGCCAUUCAUGAGACUUUAAGUCUUUUUCUGAAAAUGGAAAACCGAAUGCCAUCCUUCCCAAGAGCUCAAGGCUGUUGCGAUGGCAGAAACCAAACCUGCCAACAGCUCGCUUGCGGCCCCUGAGCGUCAGCCCCACCUGUGUCGUCCUGACCAUGGACGGCACGUUGGCUGUGCAGGAUGGCCUCUUGGAGGAUGGACCCAGCAGUGGUGCCACGGCUCACCCCGACGCCCUCCCGACACCUCUGGGCUCGCCAGGUCCGCCUGACCAGUGGGACGAAGGUGCCAGCGUCGAGGCAAACAGAGCUGCAAGUGAAGGACGAAGCCUGGACGUACCCAACAAGGGGGACACCUGUCAGAAUGGGCCGACGCCACAGCUCCCAGACCCUCCGUCGGCUCUCAGUCCCCCCACAAGCCCCAUGGGUCCUGAUGCCCCUCCAGGUGUGGCUGGUUUCCAUGACAACCUAAAGAAGUCUCAGGGGCCUAGUGCUGAGGGCAGUGGUAGAAAAGAAGCUCUGCAGUCUCUCAGGCUCAGCCUUCCUAUGCAAGAAACGCGGCUGUGCUCAACAGAGGCUUCGCUGCCCCUGGAGAAGGAGGAGCAGGUCCGACUGCAGGCUCGGAAGCGGCUGGAAGAACAGCUCAAACAGUACAGGGUGAAGCGCCAGCAGGAAAGAUCCAGUCAACCUGCAACUAAAACGAGACUUUUUAGCACGCUUGAUCCUGAACUCAUGUUGAACCCAGAAAACUUACCAAGAGCCAAUGCCGUGGCUAUGACAAAGGAAUAUUCCUUCCUGCGCACCAGUGUCCCUCGGGGGCCGAAGGUGGGCAGCUUGGGACUCCUGGCACAUCCUAAGGAGAAAAAAAGUUCCAGAUCAAGCAAAAUUCGGUCUCUGGCUGACUAUAGAACCGAAGACUCGGACGCUGGGAAUUCUGCGGCGGCGGUGGUGUCGGAGGUCAGCCUGUCUCCUGGGGCCGAGGGCCGCCUGGAGAAUGUGUCCCUGGUGGGAGAUAAUGUGUCUGAGGCCGAUGGGGACGAGAGUGACAGCUCCUCCUACAGCAGCAUCUCCGCCCCAGGGGUGCACGGCCUCCUGGUGAACACUGUGGGCGCGCGGGAAGCCUCCUACAUGGUCGGUGGCCAGGAGGUCGCCGCCAGCUCCCUGGGCCAGUUCCCGUCCAUCACGGAUGUCCUGCAGGCCGCCACAGCCGAGCACCAAGACCGGGCCCCGGCCGUCAAUGGGGAGGUGCGGAGCCGGGCCGGCAGCGUCGGCAGCAGCGUGUCCGUGGGAAGUUCCGUGGCCGAAACUCAUGAUGAAAUGUUGCAGGUUCUUAAAGAAAAAACAAGACUCGAAGGACAGCUAGAAGCCUUAUCGAUGGAGGCCAGCCAGGCCCUUAAAGAAAAAGCCGAGCUGCAGGCGCAGCUCGCCGCCCUGAACACCAGGCUGCGGGCGCAGGCGGAGCACAGCCAUAGCAGCCAGCAGAGGCAGGAUUCGCUCAGCUCAGAGGUGGACACCUUGAAGCAGUCGUGCUGGGACCUGGAGCGGGCAAUGAGCGACCUGCAGAGCAUGCUGGAGGCCAAGAAUGCCAGCCUGGCGUCCUCCAACAGCGACCUGCAGGUGGCAGAGGAGCAGUACCAACGACUCCUGGCCAAGGUGGAGGAGAUGCAGAGGAGCAUGCUCAGUAAGGACAACACAGUGCACGAUCUGCGGCAGCAGAUGGUGGCCUUACAGAGCCAGCUACAGCAAGUGCAGCUGGAGCGCACGACGCUGACCAGCAAGCUGAAGGCGUCCCAGGCCGAAAUCUCGUCUCUGCAGAGUGUCCGGCAGUGGUACCAGCAGCAGCUCGCCCUGGCGCAGGAGGCCCGGGUCAGACUGCAGGGCGAGAUGGCCCACAUCCAGGUUGGACAGAUGACCCAGGCAGGCCUCCUAGAGCACCUGAAACUUGAGAACGUGUCCCUGUCCCACCAGCUGACGGAAACACAGCACAGGUCCAUCAAGGAGAAGGAGCGCAUUGCUCUGCGGCUCCAGGGCAUUGAGGCUGACAUGUUGGACCAAGAAGCCGCCUUCGUGCAGAUUCAGGAGGCGAAGACGAUGGUGGAGGAGGACCUGCAGAGGAGGCUGGAGGAGUCCGAGGAGGAGAAGCAGCAGCUGCAGCAGAUAGUGGCCUCGGCAGCAGCGCUGGAGCAGCAGUUAGCACAGGUCAAGUUGACGUUGCAUCAGCGAGACCAGCAGCUAGAGGCCCUGCAGCAGGAGCAUCUGGACCUGCUGAAGCAGUUCACCUCGACUCAGGAGGCCGUGCAGAGCAGGGAGCAGGCCCUCAGCGACCUGCAGGUGCACUUUGAUGAGCUGCAGGCCAGGCUGGAGGAGCUGCAGGUGGAGGCCACUUCCAGAGACGACAUGAUCCACUUCCUGCAAAACGAGAAGAUCGUACUGGAGGUGGCCCUGCAGGCGGCCAAGAGCAGCAAGGAGGAAUUCGAUAGAGGCACCAAACGCUUGGAAGGUGGUGCCGAGGAAACGCUGGACACUUUAGAGCAGUUGAGACGAGAGUUAGCCGUCAGGUCCAGCCAGGUGGAGCACCUGCAGCAAGAGACUGCCACUCUGCAAAAGCAGACGCAGAAAGUAAAGGAACAGUUUCUUCAACAAAAGGUGAUGGUGGAGGCCUACCGGCGGGACGCCGCCUCCAAGGACCAGCUCAUCAGCGAGCUGAAGGCCACGAAGAAGAGGCUGGACUCGGAGGUGAAGGAGCUGAGGCGAGGGCUCAUGCAGCUUCAAGGAGACAAAGCGUCUGCAGAGGCGGAGCGGUCACGCCUGCAGAAGGAGGUGUCCCAGGUCAAGCAGCAGAUGGCAGCUCUCGAAGGGCACCUCGAGUCGGUACAGAGGGAGCGCGAUGAGCUGGAGACGCACCUGCAGUCUCUGCAGUUCGACAGAGGGCAGACAGCCGCUGUCACGGAGGCCAACGAGGAGCUCAAGAGACAGAUGGAAGAGCUGCAGCGAGAAGCCACCAGGGCGCUUGGCGAGCAGAAGCAGAAGAUGAGACGGCUGGGCUCGGACUUGAGCAGCGCGCAGAAGGAGAUGAGGACCAAGCAUAAGGCCUACGAGAGCGCCGUGGGCAUCCUCAGCCGCCGCCUGCAGGAGGCCCUCGCCGCCAAGGAGACGGCCGAGGCCGAGCUGAGCCAGCUGAGAGCGCAAGCGGCUGACGGUGGCAGUGACCUGACACUGCGCGAGAGAAUCCAGGCCCUGGAGGCAGAGCUGCAGACCGUCAGCCACAGCAAGGAGAUGCUGGAGAAGGAGCUGCAGGAGGUCAUCGCGCUGACUAGCCAGGAGCUGGAGGAGCUCCGGGAGAAGGUGCUGGAGCUGGAGGACGAGCUUCAAGAGUCCAGAGGCUUUAGGAGGAAGAUAAAGCGCCUCGAGGAGUCGAGCAAGAAGCUGGCUCUGGAACUGGAGCAUGAGAGAGGGAGGCUGGCGGGCCUCGGGCAGACCAGCGCAGCUCUGCGGGAGCACAACAGCGUCCUCGAGACGGCGCUGGCCAGGAGGGAGGCUGACCUCGUGCAGCUGAACCUGCAGGUGCAGGCGGUCUUGCAGCGCAAAGAGGAGGAGGACCGCCAGAUGCAGCAGCUCGUCCAGGCCCUGCAGGCCGCCCUGGACACGGAGAGGCAGACCGUGCGCAGCCUCAAGGAGCAGGUCGCUGCUGCCAAGGCGGAAGCAGGGCAUAAUCGCCGCCACUUUAAGGCCGCCACCUUGGAGCUGAGCGAGGUGAAGAAGGAGCUGCAGGCCAAGGAGCUCCUGGUGCAGAAGCUGCAGGCGGAGGCUGAGGGUCUACAGAUCCAGGAUGGGAAGCAUUCCCAGGAAAUAGCGGAGUUCCAGGCGGAACUGGCAGAGGCCCGGACCCAGCUCCAGCUCCUGCAGAAGCAGCUGGAUGAGCAGCUGAGCAAACAGCCUGUAGAAAACCAAGAGAUGGAAAAUCUCAAAUGGGAGGUGGAUCAGAAAGAGAGAGAAAUCCAGUCCUUGAAGCAGCAGCUGGACUUGACUGAACAGCAGAGCAGGAAGGAGCUGGAUGGAACUCAGCAGUUACUGCAGAACAUCAGAUCUGAGUUGGAGAUGGUGCGGGAAGAUCUGUCCGUGACCCAGAAAGAUAAAUUCAUGCUUCAAGCUAAAGUGUCCGAACUGAAGAGCAGCAUGAAAACUCUGCUCCAGCAGAACCAGCAGCUCAAGCUGGACCUGCGACGCGGCACAGCAAAGACGAGGAAGGAGUUGAAAGGCGAGGCCAGCCCCUCCAGCCCCAUGACACCAGUGAAGGUCCCCGACUGCCCCGUGCCAGCCUCUCUGCUGGAAGAGCUGCUGAGGCCGCCGCCCGCCGUGAGCAAGGAGCCCCUCAGGAACCUCAACAGUUGUCUCCAGCAACUGAAGCAGGAGAUGGAUAGCCUGCAGCGCCAGAUGGAGGCACACACCGUCACCGUGCAUGAGUCUCUGUCCUCGUGGACUCAGGGGGACCCUACAGCCAGCUGUGCUUCCCCAGAAGAUCAUGCCAACCCCAGGGGAGACACAGAGCAACACGGUCCGAGCAGGGCGUCCGGAGAGGGGCUGGGAAUGGCGACUGCCGAGUGUCCCCACCCUGAGUGUGUGUAACUGCCCAAAGGAACAUUCUUUCACAAGGUUAUUAAUUUACUGUCGCCUCCUUGUUUUCCUAAGAAUUUCAGGUUCGUGUUCACCUUUACGAGGAGUAAAAUAUAAGAGCGAGGGUUACUAGGGGGUCGUUCGCAGCUCACAACCAGCUUUCCCCACAAAACGACCAGAGCGUGAACACCUAGUGUAGGUCUUCGUGAGGAGUGUUUGCAGGCGUCUGAGGGUCCUCGGCGGGAGAUACCUCACAAGUGAAGGUGGACGUGGCUCCCUGCAGGUGGCCGGUCGCCAUGGAGACCUGGUGCCAGCAGUGCCCUCUUUGUUUCCUGUUCCGGUCAGUCAGAGCGGUAGCGAGACUGUUUUCGCCCUUCUGGUUUUAUUUUAUUUUCAGUAGCCGUCCCACCGUAGGACGUGUAUCUAAAUACUGAGAAUCGUAAUGAGUCGUUGAAAACUAUGUGCUGGAAUUAUUUAAGAAUGACCUGAAUUCUCUUUUUAUUGAUUGAUUGCCUUUUGGAAAUCUGCUGUCAGGAAAUGAUGUACAUGUAGGAUUAAGGGAUGUCGGUCAGAAAAUUAUAUUUUAAGAAACAACUAUUUUAUUUACUUUAUCUUCGAAAACCAAAUAUUCUCAGCAUUCUUCAUUGCUUUCACUUCACUUUAUUUUUGAGGGCCCCUCCCACGUCGUAAGUGCACAUGCCCACCCGUCCGACCGCAGCCCUGCUCGGCCUUGCCUUGACCAACCCCCGGGUUGGCCCUCUGGCCACGAGGACUCCCCAUAGGUGCUGCGGUCACCACACGCUGGCCUGGCAUGGGAGGCGUGAGGAGAGGCCAAAGGUGAGGGGGGCCCUGCAGCUCGCACGCAACGCAACUCCCAGCCUCACGUCCCGUGCCCGAGUGGAGACGCUCCCCAGGGCCAUGGUCGUCGAGGACGUGCUGGGCUCAGUGGCGACAGCCUUCAGGAGGGUGGAGGUCCUGAAACGCCCCAUCUGGUGAUCAGCGGGCUUCCUAGCGGAGGCAGCUGGCCCUGCGAGGAAGGCGCCGAGGUCCCCCAAGCGCUCCCACCAGGGACCCCGGCCCCUGAGUGCAUGAGACUGAGGUAUGAGGUGUGUAGAUUUUCCACCUGAGCUGCUUAAACACCGCAGGAACUGACGGAUUGAGACUUGAGGUAUGUAAUUUUGACUCCCGUUUGCUAAGAAAGUCUAAAGGGAUAUUUAUUGUUAUAGGUUAGAGAAGAGAGAACGGCUGCCUAUGGCUCCUGUGUGGCCUGGUCUGAUGGUGACGUGAAGUGUCACUGACCAGACAUGUUCGAGUCGAUGUAUUACUUAUCUCUUUUGUGGAGAAAGCGGGACGGUAUUUUUAAGCUAUUUGUGUUCCCUUAUAAUAUGUUGUUUGGAGGUCAAUCGAUAAAGUAGCAUUGAUCACAAAGACAUCUACUGCUUAAAAAAGAUUCCCCAGUGAGCAUCGGAACUUCUGAAAUACAUUUGUCCUUUGUGUAGGUUAAUCUUGAACUAAUACUUGAAAACUUCAUUAUAAAUGUACCCUACUUUUCAGCUUAAGUUGGAAAUCAUUUUUGACAAAAUUGUUUUUGUACCAUUGGAAAAGAAAAAUGUAAUUUACGUUCUGUUGCUUUGGCUGCAUUACCCUUCGUUUUAAUUCUAAAACCAAGAAUGGCACUUGGCCUCCUGCGGAGAGCCUGCCGUUGAGCGUUGGUCACUGAUUGCACUUCUCUUAGGAAGGGGCAGCUGACUGGACACGUCCAGCAGGUGAAAGCCCAUCUCUGCUUCUCACCCCUUCCUCCGCCUGGUUCCUGUCGGUGUGCGUGCGCAUGCACGACGCCCUCUGGCCUCCUGUCGGCUCCCUGUGCCACCUCCACCCUCAGUUCCUAUCUUUCGGUCCAGCAGACACCCAGCCUGUCUCUGGUCUGAGCUCUGGGGUGGCUCCAUGUCUAGGGGACCUGUUGUGUUUACGCUGAGGCCGCCUUUGGGCUUCCUUAACGGUCACCUGCAGCAAGAAGUGGGACUUUUAAAUCGCCUGUUGUUGAUUUGUUGAGAGUCGUGUGUGUGUUUUUUCUUAUCUCCAAGGGACUUUACUGGCACUUCUACCUCCCAGAGCCGGGUUGUUAGUGAAUAACGUUUGAAAUAUUCUAUUGUGGGCAGAAGUGGGAAUUAGGAAUUUACUCACGAAAAACAGUCAAGUCUGGAGUAUUUAUAAAAACAGGCUCGCUGUUGCAUUCUUUGUGAAUUGCAUCAUCCUCUGCGUUGAACACUAUGUCACGUCCUCACUGUAGAGAAUGUUGGCUCGGACACCUCAUGAUGUCAAUAGUUUUUAUGUUGUGAAAAAAAAACUUACUGCAAUGUGGCUGUCAUUGAUUUUUCCUCAGUACGCAUCAGAUGGACGCUGAGGAUCUUACAGGGUUAGAUGCCUUCCUCCUCCUGUCGGGAAGGUUUGCCAGGCAGCAUUUUGAUGAGGUGUCAAGCGGGCUCUUGCUUGAUCCGGGCCAGGGAGCUGCAAGUGUAGGAGGUCACAUGAACCCUCCUAGUGUGAAGGCUUCUCGGUAUAGAGAUACUGCAAAGUCACCAUGACUUGUAUUUCUAUGUCAUGAGUAUUAUUUUUAACAAAGAUAAAUGUGGUGUGUAAAGAUUUCUAAUAGUGAGAGGGACCAGUGUAUCUGAGGAGAAAAGUCCUGGGGGCUUCUCCAAGGACUCCGUGAUGUGCAUAGUGCUGGGACAAGUGACACACUCUGAGCCUAAUUCACACAGGUUCGGUGACUCCACGUCCCAGGUGAGUGUCAACUGUAUGGUAGUCUCAGGUUAUAUAGGGUCCAUGAGGGUAAUGUUUUAGAGGGUCUGGAAAACUCGGUGGGUUUAGGUUAUUCAUUUCUAUUAAAAAUUUCCUCAUAAAAGGGAGUCAUCAGGUGGAGGUGUUCAGGGGAAAGGUGUCAUUGUGCACAUGACUUGUAACUUUAAAAGGCAUGUUGAUUUUUUUAUAAAUUUAAACGUGCUUGGGAAUUCCUUAAAUUUUGUGCAAUAAACUAUUUUUUUGUUAAA